CUAGUGAUCUUGAGUCAUUGCAAAUCUGCAGGAAAAUUCAUCGUCACGGGUUGUUUACAUAAUAAUAAGACUUUAAAUGUGAUAGGUGAACAGUUGAUUGUCAUUUCGUGUUUUUUAUUUGGUUAUUAAGAACAUUCACCUGUAUUCCUGAUCGAAUAUUGACAAUGUCUCUGACUGUGAAAGCUUUUCUUGAGAAAAAAGAGAACGUGGAUGGGGAAAUCCGUCGUUUUCAGAUCCCAGCAGAUGUGUCCAGCAGUUAUGCUUAUCUAUCUAAGAAAGUAGCUGACAUUUUUCCUGGACUGAGGGAUGGCCACUUCUCUCUGUAUUGGAAAGAUCCAGAUGGAGACCAGGUUCUCUUCUCAACAGAUGAGGAGUUGAUGGAAGCUCUGGGUUUUGUGACAGAUUCACUCUUUCGUGUGUAUGUGAAGCCUUCUGAGAGCAGCUCCCAAAGAGGAGCAGGACCCCAGGAUGAUACCUCAGAAGAGAUCCACCCAGGUGUGGUUUGUGAUGGCUGUGAGAGCGGCGUUUGCGGCAUACGUUACAAGUGCCUUGUGUGCCCGGACUACGAUCUGUGCGCCUCUUGCGAGAGUAAAGGUGUCCACAACGAGCAUAACAUGAUGAAGAUCACCAAGCCCCGUCAGGAUGGGGCUCAAUUUUGGGGCCCACCGAUGGGACUCUUUGGUGGCCCCUUUCCUGGACCACCAGGCCCCCAUGGACCCCAUAGGCACCAUGGUCACCCUAGGCCAGGGGAGCAAUUUGCCCCUCCUCCCCACUUCCGUCGGUGGAUGAAGAAGUUUAUGAAGCGCUGGCACAACAAGAACGCCCCAGGGUGCGAUGAAAAUGACAAGGAUGACUCUCCUGAUGAUGAGACAACCGCCGAUGAGGAAUACUUAAAAUCUGUUGGCAACUCGGUUGCUCAGAUGCUGGACCCUUUCGGAAUCGAUGUUCAUGUUGAUGUGGAACAUGGAGGCAAGCGUAUGUGUAGGGGGCGGAGCCAAGGGCGCGGCAGGGGUAGAGGCAGGUGCCAGGGAGCAGGGCAUAUGAGGUUCAACUCUUGCCCAGCAGGCAUGGCUGAGGAUGGAAGCCCAAAGAGGAAAACCCCAGCCAAGGGUCAGGAGAGCCCCGAGAAGCCCAAGAGCCCAAUACCUCAAAUGGGUUCAGCUGAUAAGCCCAUUGACCUUGAGAAAGCACCUCAAGAGAAAACAGGGGACAAGGUCAAUGAUGUUACCAUGGUAACUGAAGAGGAAGUGAUCACUGAAGAGAUAACCAACAAGACAGAGCAGAUGGUGCUGACUGAUGACAUGCAACAACAGCAGCAACAGCAGCAGUUUGAGGGGAUGAUUAGAGAGGUGGAAACUGAGGUGAAGGAGCCUGUGCGAGUGGAUGUGCAAAACCCUUCCCCAAGGGAUACUACAAUGGACAAUAGCUGGACCAUGUUGACUGUGGCUCCCACCCCCGGGCAAACAGUUACACCACCCACCACCCAGCCCCCAGUCACCUCCUGCCCGGCCCCUCCCACUGUGCCGUACCCAGGGGCAAGCCAGAUGGGCGCACCCCAGAAUGUGCAGAUACAGGUGCCACCACAGGUGGUCUACCCUCCCUCAAACCCGAGAGUGGCUGAGUCCCUUAAACAGAUGUUGGCGAUGGGGUUCAGCAAUGAUGGGGGAUGGCUGACAAACCUCCUGGAGUCCAAGAACGGGGACAUAAUCCAGGUCCUGGACUCCAUCAAACCCCAGCCAGGCCGCACCAGGGAGACCAGCGGAGGGUAUAUGGCUUAGUAGGGAACAGUUAUCUGGCAUGAGGGUGCCAUUGAUGAAGAUAUUGCUACCACAUAGUUUAA